UCUGUCACACAACCUUCCUCCUGCUGCUGCAGCCACUGCUGCACGCUGGGGCCUCGCUGCUGGCACCAUGCAGCCCCCUCGCCGCUGCCUCCUCCUCCUCUCUCUCCUCUGCCACCUCCUCCUCUCUGGGACAUGGGCAGACCUGGAGGAGGCCUUCACUCUUCGGCUGCUCCAGACUUCCACCUUCCAAAACACCUCCUUCAUGGACACAGAGUGCAUGGGCCUGCUGGACGACAUAGAGCUGGGUUCUCUUGCUAAGCACACGUGGAAAAUCCGCUUCCACCAGCCCUGGGUGCGCCCAGCCCUGCCCCGCAGUGACUGGGACAUUAUUGAGAACAUGGUCAAGAUCUAUUUGAGGAACUUCAACAACAUGGUAAAUGAAGGUGCAGUGCAAAAGGAUGUACCCUACCCCUUUGUGGUCCAAGGCAUGGCAGGCUGCACGCUCUACCCCAACAAGACCACCCAGGCCUUCGCCAAGUUUGCCUACAAUGGCCAGGACUUCCUCAACUUCUGUGUGGACAAUGCCACUUGGCUACUCUCCCAAGACACCAACUUAUCACGGUGUGUCCGAGAUUUUUUCAACAACUACACCGACUUCACUGAGCUGAUGCAAGUCCUCUUCAAUGAUACCUGCAUCGACUACGUGGAGAUGCUAGUACGCUAUGGGAAGGCAGCUCUGGAGAGACAAGAGCUGCCCGUGGCCACCGUCUUCGCCCGCACACCCAGCCCAGCGCAGCUCCUGCUGGUUUGCCGCGUCACCGGCUUCUACCCGCGGUCCAUCAGCGUGGCCUGGCUGCGGGAUGGCCAGGAGGUGCCGCCAGGCCCAGACACCAACACCAGCGCCAUCCUGCCCAACGCCGACCUCACCUACCAGCUGCGCAGUGUCCUGGCCGUGGCCCCCCAUGACGGGCACAGCUACGCCUGCCGCGUGCGCCACCGCAGCCUGGGCACCCGCAGCCUCCUCAUCCCGUGGGGGUACUCGGAUGUGGUGCUGAUUGCAGGACUUGUGGCUGGGCUGCUGGCAGUUGUGGCCAUGGCUGCCGUCAUGAUGCUUUGGCUGUGGAGACGCAGAAAGCACCGGCAGAUGGAGGAAUCAACGUCCAGGAACUCCAUCCUGAGCAAAGAAGCUUAGCCCAGAAGGGAGCCAAAGGGCCUUGUUUCCUUCCACCACGCUCACAGGGAAAAAACCCUACCUUUUUCUGCUUCGACAAUAUUCUGAGCACUCCAAGAUCAACUUGACUGUGAGAUAUAGGGAGGAAAACUGGGGUGCUCCUGAUCCACUCAGAUUUGCUAAGCAAGGGGCCAAGUCUGAGACCUCCUCGCUUGUGACACGUGAUCAGCUCUUACCUCGUGGCACUGUCCUCUGAGGCUCUUUAGGACACCCCAAUGCCCAGUGGCCAUUUCUCCCAGUUCUGCUGCAAUCAGACAUUCAUCAGCAGGUGGUAAGCUGUGCCCUUCUACUGUGGCUUUCUAGUAUUUUCUCCUAAGAGCUGCAUUUAUUAUCUGUAUUCCUGAUAUAUUUUUUUGCUGAGACUGAGUUGUUCCACACAGAUUAACAGCACCUGGCCACAGACCAUUUUACAAAGUCCUGAAUAACACUGAAACUCUGAAGUAAUGUGUUGGAGCAGCAGAUAUGUAUAAAAUGAAGUUAAAAUAUUUAUGUUUUCACUUAGAACGUGUGCCUUUCUUCAGGAUUUGGAUGGGCCCAGUGAGGUUUUGGAUAGUUCCAAAUGACAACCAAUUGCAGGAGAAGGGGUAAUGUGUUCAAAUUGGAGCACAGGAGGUUCCACUGAAAGAUGAGAAGAAACUUGUUCCUGGUGAGGGUGGCAGAGCCUGGCCCAGGCUGCCCAGGGAGGUUGUGGAGUCUCCUUCUGUGCAGACAUUCCAACCCGCCUGGACACCUUCCUGUGUAACCUCAUCUGGGUGUUCCUGCUCCAUGGGGGGAUUGCACUGGAUGAGCUUUCCAGGGCCCUUCCAACCCCCGACAUUCUGGGAUUCUGGGAUUCUGUGAAAUGCAUCCACAGCAGGAUGAAGCUCAGCCACCAAACAUGGAGAAUAGAUGCAUCUGGUGAGCAAACAAGGUAGGAAAACGUAGUCAUAUGCAUGACCUCCCAAGAUACCCUACAAUAACACAGAACCAAGCACCCAGUACUGGGCGGGUGUCCGCAAAUGCUUGUUCACAGCCCUCCAGAGACCCGACAAGAACACUCACAUCAACACCCAGGUGUUCGAGAGGUCUCUUCAGGUGGUUCAGCCCAGCCCAGCGGGUGCUGGUUCCCACACACCCAGUGCAGCACCAAGAGGCACUGCAGCCCUGCCCCCUGCACCCCAAUCACUCAGGUGCAAUUCUGGGCUCAAGGGAACACAGCCCACACCUGAGGGGGGACUGCAAGGACAAGUGCUACCUGCAGAGUCUGUGAGGGCCAGUGGUCACCUGAGGUGGAACUGCAGUCCUGCAGUCACCUGGCAGGGGUCAAGGAGGACGAACAGUCACUUGGGAGGACUGUAAGAACCAAUGUCACCUGAGGUGACUGUGGGGACCAAUGAUCUGUGUGGACGAAGAGCACCCUGCCCCUUUUUGUCGUUUCCUGACUGAAGGAAGUGACAAUAUCAAGGAACAAGAAGUUGAGACCUCUCCUACAGCAUGUAAGAAAGUGAAGAAAACAAGAAAUAAAAAAGGCACGAGGGUGAGUACAUUCAUAGAAUCAUAAACUGUCCUGAGUUGGAAGGGACCCACAAGGGUCAUUGAGUCCAUCUCCUGUCCCUGUAAUGCGAUUCAAUAGAGACAAGGAAGAGCUAAAGCAGAACUUCUGGUCCAUUGCAACACUGGAAGACAUCUGGAGAAAAUUCAGAGGGGGCUGAACACAUCAUGAGAAACCACACAAGCCAGGGGCCUGCUCCUGCCCCAUUAGCUACUCUGCUACCACUGAUAGGCAAAGGACGCACGAGGCCAGCGGGCAGCCUGCUGGCACAGGGGUCCCAGGCACGCAAGCAGGCUGUGGGAACAGGGUUCACCUCCUCUGUGAAGAGGACAGACACAUCGGAGCAUCUAAUAGG